AUGUUUAUAUACAAGCCCAUAAGCAAAGCCAACAAAGAAUUCAGACUCAUACGACUUGCUUGCGACCCUGAGGCCGAGGUCAUCAAUCUAGAGCUUUGUCAUGCCUCGGUCAACGACCUGGUCCCCUACCAUGCGGUGUCGUAUGUCUGGGGUGACCCCAAGGAUACGGCUCGAGUCAACGUCGACGGCGAAGGGUUCAUAGUCUCCGAAAACCUCCUUUCGCUUUUGCGACAGCUUUUACGAGCGGGAGUCACCUCUUGGCUUUGGACUGACUCGAUCUGCAUCAACCAGACUGACCUGGAGGAGAAGACGUGGCAGGUAAACGCCAUGGACCGGAUUUACGGCAAUGCAAAGCUGGUAUAUCUAUGGCUUGGCCCUGGAACUCCGCGAACCGACAAGGCGAUGAAGCUGUUGUGCGAAUACGGGCGCGAAUUGGUUGAUGAACUGGGACCCACGGAUGACUGGGACAUGGACGAAGUGAAUCCUCAGCUCUACGAAGCAUUAUCGACCAAGAAGAAGCCUCGCCCCAAUGCGCACCCCGUCGCAAAGUUUCUAUACAAGAUGUAUAAAGAGCCUGGGCUUCAUCGCCGCGACGACGAGCGUCCGUUGAGCAAGUACCCUCUGAUGGAUGGCCUCCGAAAUCUCCUCGAGAGACCAUUUUGGCGUCGCGUAUGGAUCGUUCAAGAAGUCACAUUGGCCCAAGAUGCACUCCUCCUCUGCGGUGAUGAGUCAAUGCCCAUCCAAUACUUCAUCGAGGCUAUAGAUGUCAUCCGGGAAUGGACCGAGAUCUUCAAUGAAGUAUCCAACUUUUCCUUCUUAUGGGGUCUAGGCCAAGCCUUCUUUACUACCUCGACAUUGAUCCUCCGGAAACUUCGAAUGGCUGGCCGAGAACCAAGCCUCGUUCAUGUGCUUCUCGGCAUCGGCACUCUCACUGGACCCCGAUAUCUAGCCUCGGAGCCCCGCGACCUCGUUUUUGGACUGCUCAGUGUCGUCAGAGAACGUGAUUCUUUUGGGCUGCACGCAGAUUAUGCUGAACCGGUCGGUACGGUUUUCGCCAGAGCGACAAAGGCGUUCAUCGACUGGUGGCGCCCAAAGGGAGACGGUGACGAUAGUGACUGGGAAGACCUACCAGCCUUAGACGAUUUGCGCCCAACUAAUACACCUGGAAUGCCCUCAUGGACACCUGAUUACGAAACAAUUGGAAAGGAUGGGUUCGAUAUACACACCAUCAAAUACAGCUGCUUUGCAUGUGCCAGCAGAGGAGCGCCAAGCCCCCAACUAAUAACGUCGCCGGAUGAAAAUCCCAUGGUCCUCCGCCGACUCGGAUGUGUGGUUGACACCAUCACCCAAGUAAUGCCUCCUCUGCCUGAUGUCUCCUGGGCAGAUGAGACCGACGACGCGAAGGAAGUCGCUAGGGCCUUUGCUAUGAUUGGACGUCCCGUGGUUGACUUCAUGGGCCUUGGCCCUGAGCCGACGCCUGAAGAAGAUUACAUCUGGAAGACGGUGAUGCUUAGCUUUCAAGAUCUAUUCGAUGAGGAUGAAGGACGACCAGAUGACAAAGAUAUACCCCCAGAAAUGUGGCACAUCAUCCGAGCCUUAUUCCGUGGUGAGAAAAUAGAUCCAAAGAAGGCAGAAACUGUCCUGGAAUUUCUUGGCGAUUCGAACGGCCAAGAUGAGUGGGAAGACGUGGACUCCGAGGGUGAAACGUCUGCGGACGAGUCAGGUUCGGAAGAUGACAAUUCGUCAGGUUCAGAUGAGGAAGAUUCCGCGGCCGAUAAACUAAUCAACAAUUUCUGGACUGCUCAGCCUUAUCUGAAGGGGCGGACUCUGUUCAGGACGGCAGAUGGGAGGCUUGGCAUGGCACGCACAAACGUCAAGGGGGGCGAUAUUGUCACGGUCAUUUGGUCCGUGCCGGCACCUAUUGUUCUCCAGGCACAGGGAAGCCAAUAUCGAUUCCUCGGGGAUGCUUAUGUUGAGGGUAUCAUGAAGGGAGAGUUCCUCCAUACGAAGCCCGAAGAGGUGGUAUUUGAACUCGUUUAA